CGAGAGGGCAAGCUGAAAGGGGGAGCCCUGGGCAAGAAGCCCAAGGAGCAGCGCUCGCUGCGCCUCAGCAUCAACGCGCGGGAGCGGCGGAGGAUGCACGACCUGAACGAUGCCCUGGACGGGCUGCGCUCAGUCAUCCCCUACGCGCACAGCCCCUCGGUGCGGAAACUCUCCAAAAUCGCCACUCUGCUCCUGGCCAAGAACUACAUCCUCAUGCAAGGCCCUGGCCUGGAGGAGAUGCGGCGGCCGGGGGGGUUCCCGGACCAGGGGGGCCAGGCGCUGAGCGCCCCUCUGCCCGCCACCCUCAACCCCUUCGGACAGUCGCCCGUCUAUCCCUUCGGCGGCGCGGCCGUGCCGGGCUGCCCCGAGAAAUGCACUGCCUUCACAGGAGCCGCCUCCGCCCUCUGCAAACACUGUAACGACAAGCCUUGA